CUCUCUCUCUCUCUCUCUCUCUCUCUCUCUCUCUCCAUGCAACAGUGAUUAAUUUAAUCACAUCACUCACCAAAGCACAGAGAUAAAGUCCUUCAAACCAAAUCCAAUCCGGUCCAGUCCAAUCCAUAAUUCUGAAAUGGCCGCCGCCGCUUCCACAACCACCAUUUCAAUCCUCCUUCUGCUGCUCAUAGGACUCAACAGUCCAGUCCAUGCCAAUCCCAUCAAAACCAUAGUUGUUAUGGUGAUGGAGAACAGGUCAUUCGACCACAUGCUGGGGUGGAUGAAGAAAAUCAACCCUGAAAUCAACGGCGUGGAUGGCUCCGAGGCCAACCCUCUCUCCACCACCGACCCCAACUCCAAGCGCUUCUUCUUCAACAACGAGUCUCACUAUGUGGACCCUGAUCCUGGCCACUCCUUCCAAGCCAUCCGAGAGCAGAUAUUCGGGUCGGAUAACACGUCGGCCGACCCUCCACCCAUGAAUGGCUUUGCUCAGCAGGCUUACUCCAUGGACAACACCACCGCCCUGUCUCAGGAUGUUAUGAAUGGAUUCAACCCUGACAUGGUUGCUGUCUACAAAACUCUUGUUUCUGAAUUUGCUGUCUUUGACAGGUGGUUCGCCUCAGUGCCAUCCUCAACCCAGCCAAAUCGGCUCUACGUGCAUUCAGGGACAUCAGCUGGUGCAACAAGCAACAUCCCAGCCCUUCUCGCCAAAGGGUACCCUCAAAGAACCAUCUUCGAGAACCUCGACGACGCCGGAAUAUCCUUUGGAAUAUACUACCAAAACAUCCCAUCGACAUUGUUCUAUAGGAACCUGAGGAAGCUCAAGUACAUAGGUAAGUUCCAUUUGUACGACACCUUCAAGAGCCAUGCAAAGGAAGGGAAACUGCACGGGUACACCGUCAUAGAACAGAGGUACUUCGAUGUCAAGAGUGCACCAGCAAAUGAUGAUCAUCCCUCCCAUGACGUGUACCACGGGCAGAUGUUUGUGAAGGAGGUGUAUGAGACACUGAGAGCAAGCCCUCAGUGGAACAACACGCUGAUGAUCAUCACGUAUGAUGAACAUGGCGGUUUCUAUGACCACGUCCCUACGCCGGUUCGUGGGGUCCCCAGCCCAGACGGGAUCGUGGGGCCGGAGCCUUUCUUGUUUCAGUUCAACCGUUUGGGAGUUAGGGUUCCAACGAUCAUGGUCUCACCAUGGAUAGAGAAGGGUACAGUCAUCCAUGGGCCUAAUGGAUCACCAUCUCCAACUUCGGAAUUUGAACAUUCAUCUAUUCCAGCAACAGUUAAGAAGAUCUUCAACCUAACCGCACCCUUCCUCACGAAGAGGGAUGAAUGGGCCGGCACCUUCGAAAGCAUUGUCCAAACGCGGACAGAACCCAGAACUGACUGCCCAGAGCAACUACCGACGCCAGUUGCCAUCAGAAAGGGUGAGCCUAAUGAAGAUGCCAAGCUUACUGAAUUUCAACAGGAGAUGAUGCAACUCGCAGCAGUUCUGAAAGGAGACAACAUAUUUACAAGUUACCCAGAAAAGACGGGGAAGGAGAUGACUGUCAAGGAUGGGAAGAAAUACGCCGAUGAUGCAGUUAAACGAUUCUUUGAAGCGGGGCUUUAUGCUAAAAGAAUGGGAGUUAACGAGGAACAGAUUGUCCAGAUGAGGCCCUCCCUUACUUCGAGAUCAUCCAAAACUUCACCAGAACACCCAUAGAAAUCUAGCAGUGGUUCCUGAGGUGUAUAUGUAUAGAGCAGUCAUAUAUUUAUGUAGUUAUACAAAUCCAAGGAAAGAAAUGAAAUGAAAUAAUCUAAUGAAGCAUUUCAUGAUGUUCUAUACAUCGAAUUUUUUCUCCCA